CUACGAACGUCGACCUCUCAAGAUAUCCGAAAUCCUACCACCUUGCGCACGAACACGACUGCACUGCCUUGACCGCACGCUCAUACCAGUCCCGCUCCCAACCGCAUCCUUCCUGCGACACACGUCUUCUCCUGCGCCGGCGCAGAUACCACCCCUACAGGUGUCGCAUCGCAUCGACAUAGAGAUACGACCUUCUCGCCGUACCGAUUCUACUUCCUACACAAGCACUCCCUCCACCGCAAAGAUGAGCAAUAACCCAACCCUGAUCAACCUCCCACCCCACCCCUCCGACCCUGUCACCCCCUCCGAAGUCCCCUCCCGCUCCGGCACCCCCAACUCCACCACAACCUCCAUGUCCGAACUCUCCACCGUCGCAAUCAAAGACGGCCACCGCGGCCUGGGCCCGCACCACCACCACCAAGCCUCCGGCCUCUCCUCGCAACUCGACGCCGAGCGCGCCGAUCGCAUCUCCCGCCUCGCCGGCCUCGAGCGCGUGACCACCGCUCGCAACCCUCAAACUCCCACAUCCCUCAAUCCCGGCGGACAGCCCGGGUCCUUCAACUCGCCUGCGAAUCAGCCGCCGCAUGUGCAGUCCUACUUCGACGCCUCCGGCAACCCCGUGUUGGCGAGGGAGAGGAGCACAGUGGGAAGUGCGUCUGCGACAGGCAGCGUCGGCGCACGCACAACGUGGGCGGGCAGCGAAGCGGGCGACACCUCGAAUUUUGACAAGAUGAGCGAGUCGCAAGAUUUGGACAUGGAGCGGGACACAUCCAGCAUCGGCGGCGGAGAUUACAUGAGUGAAGACGGCGAAACUGGAGGAUUGGUAGCGUUUGGAGAGGGAGCGAGGACGCCGGCGAGGGGAAGUAUGAUGGGACUUUCAUCCGCGAUCGGAAGUCCGAGUGGUAAAGCUACGGCGACGACGCCGAGAGGAGGUGGGCAGGGAGAUGUGCGGAUGGGCGAUGACGGAGAUACGUCGAGUCUGGGAGCGGGGAGUUUUGGUGCUGGUGGGGGUGGUUUCGGUGCAAUGGGAGCUCCUCCUCCGCAGGGUCAUGCGGCGCAGCAGGCGGAGCGGAUCGUGAGGGAGAAUAUGAACACGACUAGUCAGGAUCGGAUGACGAGUCAUAAUGAGACUUCGCCGAAGAGGGGAGGUGCUGGGCAGGAACCGCAGCUGGGGAAGUUUGGGUUUGAGAAGUAG